UUGUUGUUGUGUUUGAUUGCCUCCUUCUGGUAUGAACACCUGGUGUGUUUGACUCGCGCGCCUGUUGCUCGCGCUACUUUUUGGUUCUGGCUAGUGUGUGUGUGUGUGUGUGUGGUCGCUGAUAGUGAUCUGUGCAUGCAGAUGAUGAACACACCGCUUCCUGCUUCUCCACUGUGAUGAUGAUGAUGAUGGGCGGCGCAGCGGACCGGACCGUAGCAGAAGUGCCUGUUUAGUGUGUUUGCAUUAACGCAGUGUUUCAUUCUCUCAGAGGAGUGUCCGAGAGUUUGGCACUCGUUCUAGUGUUCUCCUGUUCUCUUCUUAAUGGCGACCGAGAUCAGUCAGUGGCGUUCUGGCGAUGGCAUGUGAUCGUUGAUGGACACACUGCAUGUCGCACCUGCGUUUCAGUUUCUCGUGUCUUGGGAGGAAAAACUGAGCUGAAGACACAUCCUGCUUUCUCUGCUAGCUAUUUCUGUUCAUCAUGUCCACUAAAAAGGCGCCCAUGUCGGAUAAUGAGGUUAAAAAUGGAACAUCGAGAAACAUGCUGGAGCGAUGCGCCUCGGUUAAUGAAUAUUUUGACAUUUCCUUCAAGGUAAUGCUGUUAGGAGACUCAGCCGUUGGGAAGACUUGUGUCCUGGUACGUUUUAAAGAUGGUGCCUUUCUGGGAGGCAACUUCAUCGCCACUGUUGGAAUAGACUUUAGGAACAAGGUUGUGACUGUGGAUAACAUGAAAGUCAAGCUUCAGAUUUGGGACACAGCAGGACAGGAAAGGUUCCGCAGUGUCACUCACGCCUACUAUCGAGAUGCACAGGCUCUCCUCCUUCUGUAUGAUAUUACAAGAAAAUCAUCUUUUGACAAUAUCAGGGCCUGGCUGACUGAAAUUCAUGAGUAUGCACAGAAGGAUGUGGUCAUCAUGUUGCUUGGCAACAAGUCAGACAUGGCCGCUGAGCGAGUCAUUAAGCCUGAGGAGGGGCAAAAGCUGGCCAAGGAGUAUGGAGUUCCUUUCAUGGAGACGAGUGCCAAGACUGGUGUUAAUGUGGAGCUUGCAUUCCUCGCUAUAGCCAGGCAACUGAAGCACAGAGCAGCCCAACAGCCUCAUGAGCCGAAGUUCCAGAUCCAUGAUUACAUCGAGUCCCAGAAACAGAAGUCCAAGUGUUGUGGUCCACUCAUGUGACGACUUCACCUACUCAUAACAGAGCGAGAAAGGAAGAGGAGAACUGAUAAGAAAGUGGCAACAACAAAUCCAUGAGGAAAAACAGUGAUGCCCAGUUAUAAUGGUGUGAAGAGACAUAAUGUGCGAGAGAAAUACUUAUUUGGAUGCGUGUGGCAUUGAACCCUUCUUGCUUUGUCCAUCAGGUGUAGACACUGCUGUCUUUGUUCCCUGGCCUUAAUUAAAGAUAAUGUAGUUAAGUGUGCUGAGGUGCAGUAGACAGCAGUUGUAUGUGGUUUCUCCAAGCGCUCAUCUUGCUAUUUAUUUAUUUUUCUUAUUAAAUGAAGCGACCUGAAUCCCUUGUUACAUUUAUUGCUUAUUUUAAUUAACUUGUGAGGACAGUAUUUUUCUCUCACCAUGAUCUCUCUUAAUCUCAGUACUAAAGUUGGUAUAAAUGUUAAAACUACAGCUAUAAGCACAUUUACAAGUUUUGACUACUAACAUUGUAAAAUGUUCUAAGCCAUAUUUUUGUGUUUAAUGAAUUUGUAUAUAGAAAUUUGUGGUUUUGGAGUUAUAUACUCAUGAUACCUUGUUUUUGUGUUUGGUGUUUUGUGGGCUCCAGAGUCAAAACUUGCUCUGAAACUUAAAAGCAAAUCCUUAGACUUUCACACCAACUUUAUACUUGGCAUCUUUUUUUUUUUUUUUAAAGGGAAAGUCCCAGUAAGCAGGCUGUUUUUGUCUUUUUUUUUUUGACUAACAUGCAUUUCAUCUCUGUAUAAAUAUCUGGUUUGUAUAUCAGAUUUGUGAGGUAUUUAAAUGAUCAACUCUUGCUAUUGAAUUGCGUUGUGGAAUCUAGACUUGAGUAUUGAUGAUUUAAGACUCCUCGUCUUAGUUGUUAUUUGUAACUCAGUGACUUUGUUCCUGAGAUCACAAAGUGCCAAGACAAAGUGCUCUGUAUAGAUGCUGUAUAAAUCUCUAUUUUGUAAUGUAGGUUGUUGUUGCAACGUGUUUAUGUAAGUCAGUUUCGAGAAGUGAUUCUAUUAGGGGUUGGACAAAAGUCUUCUGUACCCAUAAAGUUUAUUUACUUUUG